AUUGUGAAAACAUAAUAUUAUCCACUUGAGCGACGGUAAAAAAACAAGACAGGAAGAAUAGAAUCGAUGUCGAAGAUGGCGCUACCGUGUUGUAUAAAGAAAACAGAACAAAAUAAAUUAGAAUAUUAGAUCAAUACAAUUAACAGAAGAAUAGCUUUGCAAAUUUGCACCCAACAGUCUGAUCCUUAAUAAAACAGAGGGAAAAUAAUCGGAUGAUAUUUCAUGGCUAUUAAAUUUUGCCCUUGCAUGGAUAAAAUCUGUUUGGAUAGAUCUUUUUGAAUUCAGGCUGUCUUUCGUGAAGCUUUUUACCGGCAUUAAGUCGAAAAGCAUCUUCUUAUCACUCUAAUAGUUUCUAAACCAUAUCCUUUAACCUAACCGCCACUCAUUGUGCAUUAAGAAUCGGUCGGAACACUACUGGCUUGAUUGCAGGUGAAGUUAGCUUUUAUAGAAUAUACAGUAAGAAAAGCAAUUCGGGAGCUUCAAAGGCCUACGACGUGAAAUUAUAUAAGUUGUACCUGAUCAAUUACAACCAUUUCCGACGAAUAUUCAAGCGUUAUUCGCUCACACACUUGGAAAUAAUGCAGCUCCUGUGCCAUCAAAUUUCUUUAAAGGCCUUUAAUCAGUAAACUUCUUUGACAAACGGUUGGUUGAUGACAAAUGGAAUGGAAAAAUAUUAGAAAACUUUUUUUCAAUCAGCAUAAAGCACGGAAUCGAGGAUGAACUGUCAUGGCCAUAAACACUGCACAAAUUAUUUGGUUAGGGACAAGGGAUGUUUUAGAAUACCUACGACCACGAUCAAUAGCAAUUUUAUUACUGCAUAUAAACCUGGUGGCGAAUGUUCUAGCAACAAACAGCUUUUCGUACCUAUUCAGCAAUUCCAUGAUUCCAUGUUGUUACUAGGUAAAGACCGACCUGCACUUCAGAAUUUUUGUUCGCUAUGCGCUCUUCUGAAUAAGUAGACUUAAUACCGUGUUUCAAAGCAUUUGCGGUUAUAAUAUAUAGGGUUAUAAAUUUAUGUCGCCCAUGCAGACUUUAUAAUCGUCUGAUUCAUUAAAAAAUCUGAUAAUGAGGAUUCAAGAGGAUUUACGAAACCGAAAAUCCUCCAGUUUUAGAGUUAUGGUGAAUGCAAAGAUAAUAGAACGUGAUCGUCUUAUCGAAAACCUGGCUACAUUAACUUACUUAGUGGCGAUGUCGGGCAAUUCUGCAAGUGAGUCGAGGGCAACAACUAACAUCUCUGCUACUUGUUGUCAAAUUAUGCAAAUACAUAGGCCCUGAUCUUUCAUCAAAUCUACAACUCUGAAAUCAAAUUUUCAUCAUCUUGCAAAAUAAGGCAAAACCUUCCCACUAUUGAAACAAAGUGAACGUUGGGGUAAAUUAUAAUUGAUUUAUGUGUUCUAUAAAUACCUUAAAGAAUUUUGUGGCGCAUCAUAAUCUUGUAUCUACUAAAAAUGUCCGACAAAAUGGAGAGAUUUCAAUAACGGCCCUUCAUAAGAUUUACAGGCCGACAAUAGAGAUUUAUAGCUAAAAUCCCUACAUUAGGCUAAGCUGAAAAUGCCUACGACAAAAACGCAUAAUCAAGAUCAAUCUCUACUAUCUGGAGGUCAGUUAGUGACAGCAAAGGAAAUGGGGGAUAAUAAAGGUGUAAAGUUGGAAAUAAAUCUAACGAAUGGUUUACACACCAUCAUCACAUUAGCAGAUUUCUGGCUUGUUCAGAGGUGUAAUGAUCAUUAGAAUGCAAGAUAUGAGGAGGAGGAUGCAAGAUAAAAAACUCCCUUUAUACUUUCGACUCAACUGUAACAGAACACAUCAACAACUAACUUAUAAUUCAAUUCAAUCUAAAACUAAGUAAACGGUUACAUGGGCGUAUGUGAGUCCAUUAUUAUAGGGGGCAUAUCAGUACAGUAAACAAGUACAUUAUAACAGCUACUUUUCACACUUGUCGAGAAUUCGAAUGUGGUGCUAUGUUGCUAAAAUGGCUGUGUGAAACAUUUUAGGAAAACUGAUACAGUAGUAGUGAAAGUAGAAGACGAUGUCGAGAGAGAGAGGUUAUUACCAUUGUUGAUCUCUUAUAGCGCAACCUACUGUUUCCGCGGCAAGGUACAUUGAAGCCCGCGAAUUUUGAUAUCCGCCAUAUUGUUCGGUCCCAAAACAGCACUGUUGAUUUUAUUCUCAGCUUUGGAGACCUAAUUCAUUCCUAGUUUAUUUCUCAAAAUCCAUGAAAGUCAGUUGACAACUGAGCUGACAGUUGACAAUAGAACAUGCUUUCCCGGCCUAAGUUUUACUGGCGAAACGACUAAACGCCAAGUUUCACAAAAAUACACCAUCUAUGUCUAUCGUAUGCUGCAAACAAGCCCCAACGGACUCAUUAUCUAGUUACCCACAAUUCAAAUACAUUCAGUCAGCCUCACUGUUUCUGGAGUCCAAGCCAUAUCGCUACCGUCAAAUUUUAGCUGACUUCCAUUGGUACCUGUAGAUGCUCGAUCCAGUUUUCUUAGAGAUAAGUGCUUAUUUCAGACGCGUGAAUGUAUUCAAAGAUUAGUUUUCUUUGAAUCCAUAUCAAAAUGCUCAUUUUACCUGGAUCAUGCACCGAAUAGCUAAAGCGCUUUUUAUCUGUCCUGGUCCUUGUAGCUCUGGUCAAACUUAUCAAAAAGCCAUAUGUUUCAAAUUUUCAAAGGAAAAAAGGUUGCCUCAUCGUGCAAGGAUUCACACCUUAGUUGGCUUCUUUCUUUCUUUAGAAUUCUCUUAGAAAAAAAGAAAAGAGUUUGAUAUUAUUUUUGACAAGACCAUUUUCAAGACGGUAGCCAAUAUUGCGAAGAAAGUUUUUCCAAUUUGAAGAGGCCUGUCUCGCAGCACGCAUCAAAACAAAACUGCAAUAGCUGCCAAAGUACAAUACGGUACUUGACAUUAAGGUAUAUACUGCGUCUUCAUAAAUCUGCGACGGGAAUGUACCAAGAAAAUGUCACUUUUAGGUACGUAGAUUAAACAAGGAGCAUAAUAAAAACCGUGAAUCCCAUAUUUGACCUACAUGCGUAUACUCACGCAUUAUUGACAUAUAAUUUUUCCUGUCAAUUACUGUUGUUCGUUUACUUUUCCCACUGUCCUAUCGAAAUCACCUAACUUGUCUAUGGGAUUCUGACGUUGGUUGUGAUGGUCCCUAUUGCAUUUACUUAGAGCCCGUUCACACUACUCCGUUUUCAAAUGAAAACGGAGUCAAACUAAUCCGUUUUGCCCUGCGUUCACACUACUCUGCUAUGAAAACGGAGUUGUUUGAAAACGCUAAUGAAAACGGAUACUUUCGUAUACGGUGCGUUUUGAAUACGCUCCAUUUUCAAUGUGCACACCAAAAACGGAGACAUUUGAAUACGCUAACAAAGGAAACAAAAUACGUGCUUUCUAGCAAACCAAAUCUCAAAAAUUUUGAAAUUGAGAAUUCACAAUGGACUGGUAGCUGUUACAACGAUGUUUUUCACGAGUUGUUUUUAUUCAAUUUCAUUCAUAAUGACGCAAAUUUGUUGAGGAUUCGUGAACGCCUUUUUUCAAAAAUGAGGCCACCACCAGCGUUUAUGUUGGAGCAGUGUGAACACUUAUCGUUCUCAAAUCAUAUUCAUUUGAAAACGGAUAAGUGUAAACGGACAGCGUUUUCAUUAACGGAAACGGAGCGAAACGAAUACGGAGUAGUGUGAACGUAGCCUUAGAUUCGAGCUAGAAGCAUUAAAACGGUUAUCACGCUACUGAAGACGAUGCAGUCGUCCCUACUGCGCAUGUGGCGACGAGAAAACUCCUAACGGUUGUCUUAAGAAUACAGAUCGUCUAGCGGUGAACCGCUCAUUCGGCAUCCAUCUGUAAUAAGGGCAAAUGUGCAAUGUCCAAUUUUCAUAGGGAUUAAAUAAAAUUUUGUGAAAAUCAAAAUAAAAUGAAAAUCAAAAUUUUGUAACUUUUUUCUUCUUCCUUAAGACCUUUCUUAGAGGCCAUUUACAUGAGACCCGAAAUGAAACUUAUGUCGGCACGAGUUUCAUGUCCGGUGCUGGUCUGAGCUACUGCUCUGAUUUCAUGGCGUUGAACGAAAUGAAACUCACGCCAACAUGACUUCAUCUCAUGUAAAGGGUCCCUAAGUCUUUGUUUUAUUAUUCUGCUAUGACAUCAUAGAUUAUCAAAUCCCCGGGCCUGGAGCUCUGAUGCUUCGAUCAACCAUUAUUUUGCUUAUGGUUAUCCAUUUGCUUCCGUUCCGAUUCAACAGAAGAGAGAAACAGUGUCUGACAAAUAUCUCUAUCAAAUUAAAACAGCUUCGGUUAUUUACUGAAAUAAAUUGAUGGCUAUUAUAAUACUGAUUUGAACACCUGCAAAUAGCUUGAUCAAUGCCCUAGCUGAAUAUUUGUCCCUGGCGAUUGGAACUUGCAAUUGAAUUUGUGAGCCUGAAAACAAGCUAUCGUUGACAAGAAGCAUUAUGAACUGGUUUUAGAGACCCUGUUUUCACUAUGUUAUCAGAAAAAAUUUUCCAUGUUACGAAAUCAGUCAACAAAAUUGCAACAAUUGACUCGUUUGCCAUUUUGCUGCCAAAAGUUAAGGGGGAACUGGGCAAUUCAGAAUUUACUCGAAUGGGAGAGGUAGUUUUACAAGUAGCGUACGAUCGAAAACAAAAGGAUGGCUACGGAUUUUUUGAUAAAACAACAAGAUUUUCAUCAAAGGUGUACAAGAUUUCCAUGGAGUGAUCUGCCCCUCGCUCAAAUGUUUCGGGCUGUUCGUGCACGUUCUCCCAAUCUCGGGGGCAUAUGCUUAAAUAGCUCCUACGAAUUUUCCAUAGUAUGUCCCACAGCCUUUUAAUCUAGAAAUAUAUCCAAUUCCUCAUAACAUUAUUUCACAUCUCCUUGUACUUGCGUUUUCUUUCAAUUUUAAUAGUCAGUUUUUAGGAAAAUAUUUAAUGUAACAAAAGGCGCUGUAAUGAAUCUUCUGAACUUGAAUUCUCGCUAGUGCAAAGCAAGUCUUCGUAUUUGAAUCUGUGAAGAGAAAGAGUUGAAAACAAAACAACUUUUUGUAGGACAGCAUGCAAGUGAGUUACGAGUUGUCAGUUGUUUAGUGUAUUUGAAAGCUGCGGACUGCAUAAUAAGGUUGGAGCUCUAGAUUCAAUGAACACGUUGUAUGCAACAAAAAAGGACAAGAAGGGGAAAGAAAUGAAAUUUACUUAGUUCUCUUAUAGAAUAAUUUUUGCCACAGAUUCUAGUAUCUGUUUACGUUUAUAUCAAUUUCAGAGGCUCCUUUCAAGAAGAUUUCCAGCGCUUUUGUUACAGGCAGGUGCAGGUAGAAUUCAUUUUGGAAGCUAGCACAUUCUCAUUUGCAUCGAGCAUCUAACCUUCCAUGGCAAAACAAGCUGUACUUCAAAUCGCUUUUCUCUAAGCUUCGCGCCAUUUCUCCUUAAGCUUCGCAUGCCGCCUUCAUAAAGCAACACAGUACGCUACAUUUCAAGAUAAAUAACAAUAUUACUAGCUUCAACUGGAAUUGAAUCGCAUCUAAAACACCCUCGAAUCAAAAUUUUAAAAAAAUGCAGUUAAAUCCUAUAGUGAUAUAGGAAAUAGACUAACAUUGAUUUUCAAGUCGAAGAACACCUGUCGUCAAGGACUAGAGGCCAUUCGCGGAGAGUGACGCCCACGCUAAAUCCGAAAUGUAUUUACAAGAGACAAGAAACGCUGUGUCUUCAGUUCGUUGUUGUACGUGCAAGUGAGCGGUGGCCCUCGAUUACGUGAACCAAAAUUUGAUGUCACAUUGCAUGACAGUUGCGAAGAAGUGGUCGUUACACAGACUGCAUGCUAAUGGAUAGAGCCAGCAUACGGGUUCUUCAGAAAGGCGAGGAGGAAGUUUAAAGCUAGAACAAAGCAAAGCUCAUAUCAAGAAGAACCUAACACAAGUAAACAGCAACAAAACCUGUUGUCUGAGUUUAGCAAGAGAUUUACAGAUUGUUUGCAAGAAUUUUGUGUGGAUUUCGACCUGCCAAACUAACUGAAGGGAGAAAAGAAUUUGUUUGACAGCAGGCCUAUGCCUUUUGGGGCGUGUAAGAAUUCAAAACAGGAGGCUGCUUUAAACAACUCAACUAUUUAAGGCAGUGGCAAUAAACAUGAUGACUGCAACAAAUGAAAGCACUGGCAACUUUACGUUGCAGCUGGUGAUGCCAAGCGUAACACACGCAACGUUCGUGCGCAAUUUCUACGCAAUAAGCGUUCUCAACUCGAUAUCUAAUGUCAUUGCAUUUGUUAUUGGUAUCAUUGCGUUGAUCGGUAUACUGAAGGCCCAAAACUUCAGCGCCGCAACACGUGUGUUUCUUGCCAAUAUGACCAUUAUCGAUUUGAUUUCUGCGAUAUCGCUUCAACCGUGUACGACUGCCUAUUUAAUACUUUGGAUCAAAGGCACAUCCUUCAACACGAAUAAAAUUCUCAGCGAUGUUACAAACUAUUUGCACUAUCUGGUAUCAAUAUGGUCGUUUUUUGCCUUUAUGGCCGUGUCAGUCGACCGCUACAUGCUCCUAUACCAGCCGCUGACAUACGCAAAUAUAUUAAACACAAGGGUUGCAAUUGGAAUAAGUACCGCCCUUAACGUAACCGUUAUCAUUUCCUUCACUAUACUCCAAUUCAACACAACGGCAAGAGUUCCAGCUAAGUACUGCAGUAUUAUAAUGUACAUUAGUAUUGCAUUGCUUCUCUGUAUACAUACAAGAAUAAUGAUAACUGCGAUGAGAACAUACCGCAAGAUCCGCUUAAGCGCUGUCGGCGGCAAGAUUCCACAAACCCGACUUAGAAGAAGACGCGUCGAGAUCAAGCAAGCAAGUGUAACUGUCGGCCUGUUCCUCACAAUCACGAUCUGCUACUUGCCCAUAAUCAUCAUCAACCAGAUAUCUUUCUUUGAGGUGCUUGAUAAGCUACAGCUCUCCAUCAUAGGUCACUGGGCACUAUUUUUGAUGAUGGCCUGUCCCAUUGGCAAACAAUUCUUGCUCUGCGUGAUGAAUAAGGCUAUCCGUGCUGCCGUCAAGCGCUGGGUUUUUUUACUGCGUGAGCCUGAAUUUGUGUAGCGCGCAGUAUAACAUAUAGCCGCUAAUAACUUUGACGACUGGAGAAUAGAGCUAAAAAUUCCUUAAAUUGGGUCGAAAUAUAAAGACUUUAACCAAAAAAUCGCGCUUCUAAAAACCAAACACUUUUUGCUGGGCAACAAAUCAGUGGCGGGUUAUCCACAAACAUGUUAGUGAGGAAGAAAGAAAUACUUGCGCAACUUAAAAAAGGCUUUUUUUGUGGACAAGGAUGAUCUGCUUGAGGAAGGACGAACAGUCGGCAACAAAUAUGUGAACAAAUUCUAAACAAUAGUACAGAAAGGGCGGCAAGUCUCACUUGAUGUAUACUAUAACUAGUUAAUGUCCUGGCAACAUUUAAUUAAUAACGACGGUCUGUAUUUCAGAAGAAAUACUGGAUUUGCCCGCUGUUAUUGAAGCCUAAUCUGUCGCCAGAACUGAAAGCGCGAAGAUUCAUGUUACCAGUGCGUCAUGUGCUGACAUUUGUCGUCAGUGAAAUAAUCUUAUUGUCAAAAACAUGCUGUAUAGCAGACCAUUAUGCAUGAAUUCUGGCAUCUUUGCAGUCGUAAGGUGACAAGAAAGACGUUAACAUAUUGUGAGAAAUAAUCUCUUUAAUUUGAAGUGAAAAUUCUAAUUUCUUCUCAAACGGUUGCGUGCAUGAAAACAUCAGUUCCGUUCCAGCGAUCAAAACAUUGAUGUUGGCAUUAAACUCUUUUUACUUUUAUGUUAAAUCAACUAAAUUUUGCCUAAAAAUUUAUUGAACUUCUUCUUGCAUUCUAUCCGGCCAACGUGUAGAAUAUUUAAAAACUAAUUAGCUAAUGUAGUAUAUUCGAGUUUUAAAUACGGCAAUAACUUUUGUCGUAAAAGUAAUUAAAGUACGAGAGGGAAACUAAACAAUCGUUUGCUACAAACUUUUAACAAUGAGGUGGAGAAUUCCCAGCACACUAUUUCGCAGACAAAUUGUUCAGAUGGAUCCCUUCAACUACUGAAAGCAAGCAAGAAAGACCCACACCCCGAUAGAUCACCUAGAAUGAUCGUUAAAUGACUUCAUCGACGUUUUACAAUGAAGAUAUCUUAAUCUCUGGUUGCAUGAUAUACAAAGGAACCUGAACACAUAAAUUCGAGGCUUUAGGCUGAAAUGUGAAAGAUCACUGGCAUCCACACAAACAACAAAUUAGUCAAGAGUGAUUAUUCAGGACGCAGUCACUUCCCCUAACCUUCGCACGGAGCAAUUUGUUUUUAAAAAUAAAAAUGUUUCAUUUUCUUUGUUUAACAGUUGUAAACUUCUGCUAGCCCGUAAAUUUAGAACUUUUUUUUAGGAAAACUCACAAAAGAGUCAUGAAUUUACUAAUAAAAAGUGAAAUACUCUACUUAGUAACAUUGGCAAUUUCUUUGAGAAACGACGAGUAAACCACAAUUUUGAGCUUUGUUGUAGUUUAUAGUUAGUUGAAAAGAUGCAAAAGCAACAUCUCUGUAAAUAAAUUGAUAACUAAAAUUGUAGUGAUGUAAAUAUAUAUAUAUACUGAUCGUUAAAAGGCCGUACCCUUAAAAUUACGUAGCAUAAGUUUUAAAGGUUGUAUCAAUUAAAGUUAUCAGUAAUAUUUAGCCUGGCGUUAGAUACCUAACUAAAUUCUCGAAGUUGGUAGUAAUAGAAAUAAGUUCUAGUGUUAACAGGGUGAUUGUAUUAUGGAUUCUGCUUAUUACGAAGAGUUGCUUCCAGUAGAGUCUUAUAUCUGAUUCUAUCCUACAUAGCUGUAAUGUUCCGCGAGCAAGAGUGGAUGAAUAAAUGGAUGCUCAGAUGCUGCGAGCAACUUUGUUUCCAACGCACGUUUUUCAUGACAGUGAUGACAACAAAAAUGCAUGAAAGUACCUUCGUCUAGGACCCUGACAUACAAAAUUGGCUCAUUUCAACAUAUGUCAAUUGAAUCACAAAUUUGUCGCAAAAGAGGCUUUCUAUCAACUAGAACUCGUAUGCCAAGCGAAAAAGAAAUGUAACAAAAACGCAUUAUUAUUAAAGGAUAUAUUUGAAGUUUAUUGAUAAUAAAAUAAAAAACAAAGCAUUGAUUUAUAUUCUAAAACAGAAAUUCUGUAUCAUUUCCUGCAAUUGCAUAAGCCUAUUUUAAAUUUGAGAAUUUCUAGAUUCUGACCAGUAAAAAUUGCAAUGGCAUGAAAAUACAUUAUCUCGCUUAACUUCAGAAUGAACUAGCAUGUAAAAGUUUUUGACAACCUUUAAUUAUUUGGAAAACAUAUCUAAAUUCUGUAGAGGAAAAUCACGAUUAUAACGAAUCUGUGCAGUGUCUUCGCGAAUAGACCUUUACCCUAAUUACGACAUCGUUGCAAAUUUGCGCUUUGCACCCUGGGACUAGUGGAUAGGCAGGCAACCAAACUGAGCUUAAGAAACAUCACACAGAUACGUCAGAAAAUAGCGAUUCAGCCAUAAUUCAAGCGAGAAAUCAACGACCCAGUUUUUUGGAAAACUCUGAGGAUAUAGGCCAUGAUAAAGCAGCACCCAAGGUUGGAAACUGGUUUCGUUUAGAAUGAAAGAGUUUCAACAGAGAAUUUACGCGCAUCGUUGCUCAUUUUGUUUGCACUGACAUACAAGCAUUGCUAGGCCUAACAGCCCUGGCAAAAAAUCUGAAGAAUUUCACAAAUGUUUGGUCGUAGGGUCUGCUUACAUGAGUAGAUUUAUCCUACCUUCUAGUUGUCUUAGGUGAAAUUCAUCCAACCUUCCAGCUUGUGAGCUGAAAGUUGCGACAAAACUUGAUCGCGUUUACAUAAAUAUUUAAUCCAACAUUCCACCUCUAUCCCACCUUCCAGCGUUCAUAUGGAAAAAUUCAUCCCAUCCCAAGUGAGAUCCUAUCUAUCCUGCAGUGGGAGCUCGUCUGAACGGUCCGGCUCAUUUGUGACAUAAACGCGAGGCGCAAAAUACAAAGGAUUUUAUAGGAGUGUGGGAUCUCACCUCUCAGCUCACAGGCUGGAAGGUGGGAUGUUUUUCUCCAUAUAGACAGGUCCUAAGACUACUAGCUCUGCAAUCGUUGGAUUGUUUCUAAGAAUAGCAUGAUCAAGAAAGCAACCUUCGCCUUUCGUCUACGGUCUCAGUAUUAUAAAGAGGGGAGCUCUUUGAUAUAGAUGUAAAAACUCUUUGAUCGUCAAGCUGAAGCUAUAUGAUUGCUGCAGUUAAACUCUGAAAAGAACUCCAGUGAAAAAACAACUGCUGCACAACUGAAAAGCUUCUUUCUUAUAAAACACUUUACGCGAAUAGACAUAAUAGGGCAUUGCUUCAAAUCGGCUACUGCACUUUCUUGAGAGCCGGCUUCUCUCCAUUCCUUGUUGGCUUAUGGUUUUACAGCAAACACGGAUAAAAUGUCUUUAAUCUUUGUAAAAACUAUGGCAACGAUCGGACUAAACCCCUUUAGCGGCAUGAACAUUAACAUAUGUACAUUCACAACCAUAUGUCCCGGAUGCAUAGUCUCCAUUCAUUUUAACGAAGAUGGCCAUACACCAGCCAACAUGAAAAUCACACGACUUUGCAAUGCACCUUACAACAACAUUCAACGCAAAACUCUCGAAAACAUAUUAUUCUUAAACUUGGUACACAAGGGCACCAGAGUCAUAUAUUUUCAUCUGCCCCGUUGCCCUAGUGGUGUGGGGGCAGCACGGGGGCAGCACGGGGGCAGCACGGGGGCAGCACGGGGGCAGCACGGGGGCAGCAAAGUGCCCUUUUCAAGAAAUUGAUUUCCGAGCAAUAUCAAUUCAUAUUAAUAUUUUGAAUGCUAAUAAAAUCUAGGUUUCAAGCAGAUCUUGAUACCUACUACGCUGGUUACAAUAGGUAUCAAGAUCAUUCCUGGUACCGAGGAUAGAUACCUACAUGCAAGACAAAAGUCAAUAUUUUCCAAUUCGAUGAGAACUGAAAAAUGAUUUGCAAAGAAAUUUGACCAAUAAAAACAUUCUCGUUGAUAAGUUAUCUUUAACUUUCAUGAUAAUGCUGCACAGAUUUCUGACUGCUAGCAACGUU